UAUAUGUUUUAUUUAUUAAUGUGCAAGAGUUGUUUUGUAUAAAUAACUAAAAUCAUCAUGGAAUUAGACGACUCUGGUGGAGGUUUAGGUGCUGAAACCAUAUAUGGUACACAUGAAGAUUCUCAUGUUGUUAUGUCUGAAAAAGUACAAUCCUUGGCUGGAAGUAUUUAUCAAGAAUUUGAACGGAUGAUUGCACGAUACGAUGAAGAUGUUGUUAAAACAUUAAUGCCACUUCUGGUUAAUGUACUCGAAUGCUUAGAUGCGGCCUAUCAAGUUAAUCAAGAACACGAUGUGGAAUUAGAAUUAUUAAGGGAAGAUAAUGAACAGCUAGUCACGCAGUAUGAACGAGAAAAAGGUGCUAGGAAGGCAGCAGAGCAAAAAUUAUUGGAAAUUGAAGAUGUUGCCGAAGGAGAAAGAAAAGAACAAGCAGCACGUCAAGAGUCUUUAGAAAGCAUAAUGCGAAUGUUAGAGUUGAAACAUAAAAAUUCACUUGAACAUGCAUGUCGUUUGGAAGAAAGGGAAGCUGAAUUGAAAAAAGAAUAUGCAAAAUUACACGAUAGAUAUACAGAAUUAUUUAAGACACACAUGGAUUACAUGGAAAGAACGAAAUUAUUACUGUCCGGUGGACAAUUAUCAUCAGAACGUGCAGAGGUUGGUUCCAUGAGAGGAUCUACAUCAAGAUUACAAAUGGGUCGAUCUUCAGGUCCGGUAUCCUUUGGUUUUGCAUCACUUGAAGCGGCAGGAGAUGGUAUGGAAAGUGUGCCAACUUCACCUAUUAGUAGUUGUCGAUCAUCACCAAGCUUACAUAGCGAAAUGGAUCAAAUGACAGAUUUGGCAGGCGGUGCAGGAAUGUUAGGAACAGCACGUUCAACAAUGGAACGGUCACAAGAAACAGAUGCGGUAAGUCUUGAACAUAGAGGCACUGCUACAACGCCACGUACUCCACCUACACCAGCGACACCUAAUGCACCACAACCGCCACCACCAGCUGGACGUUCUCAAACAAAACGAGAACAACGUAGUGCCAACACUUUAUACCAAGAGCUUAGUUUUCAGGAUGCAGAUGCACUUGCCGACAUGGAUGAAGGAGCUGAUAUUACAGGUGGCUAUGUUCAUCCAGGCGAAUACGCGUCAUCCGUCAACGAUAACUUUUUUGGUAUGGGAAAGGAAGUCGAAAAUCUUAUUAUGGAGAACAACGAACUUCUUGCUACCAAAAACGCAUUAAAUAUUGUCAAAGACGAUUUAAUUGUCAAAGUGGACGAAUUAACAAGUGAACAAGAAAUGUUACGUGAAGAAAUUAGAUCAUUAAAUGUUGCACGAGAUCGUCUGAAAGCAAGAGUUAGUGAACUGGAAGAAGACUUGAAGAAAGUCAAAGAAGCAAAUGAAGCAAGAGCAGCAACUGCUAAUAAUGAGGCGCCAGAUGAAGAAGCCGAUAUUCCAAUGGCACAACGAAAACGAUUUACACGAGUUGAAAUGGCUAGAGUUCUCAUGGAACGAAAUCAAUAUAAAGAACGUUUUAUGGAAUUACAAGAAGCCGUGCGUUGGACAGAAAUGAUUCGAGCAUCGCGUAAUGAUCCCUUAGAUAAGAAAAGUAAACAGAGUAUAUGGAAAUUUUUUAGUAAUUUAUUUAGUAGUAAUGACAGACCAGAACGGCCGUUAAUGGAGGGCCAUCUAAGGUAUCAUGCACCAACGAAUAGUGUUGCACCAGGAGUUCGAGCAUUAACACGACCAGGACAAGAUUUUCUGGAUACUGAUAUUGGGUCCGGUUCAGAACGCCUUGUAGCACGGCGUGCAGUCGAACGACGAGAACAAUAUAAACAAGUACGUGCGCAUGUACGUAAAGAAGACGGUAGACUACAAGCUUAUGGUUGGAGUUUACCUGGAAAAGUAUCUGGACCAGUGGCAGCCGUGUCAUCAUCUGGAAAUCAAUCUAAAAAUUCAGGUAGUGGUGGUACCGUACCUGUCCCAGUACCCGUUUACUGUCGACCAUUAGCUGAAACAACACCUGGUAUGAAAAUAUGGUGUGCAGCUGGUGUCAACUUAAUGGGUGGUCAUACCAAAGACGGUGGUUUAAUGGUUGGAGGCAGUGUAUUUUAUUCAGACAAUUCAUCGGAUCCUAUUAUUACAGAAAUAAGUAAUGACGAUUCCGAUGUUGCAAAUUUAGAUCGUGAAUUAAGUGCUGGACGUCAAGCUGCAUUACUGGAAACACAAUUAUCAUCGUUUGUAUGGAUUUGUACAUCGACGAAAAAUGCAUCAAUGGUCACUGUCAUUGAUGCAAACAAUCCCGCUGUGGUCUUAGAUACAUUCAAUGUGUGUGAUAAUCAUUUGUUAUGUAUUGCUAGUGUAGCUGGAGCAAGUCCAUCCGAUUAUUUAGACACUUCAGAAAUUAUAAAACCAACACCAAUAAAAAAAGAAGAGGGAGAAGAACAAUUUGUUGAGGGUGAAAUUACUUUUGUUGAAAAUGCAGAGGCUGCACCAUCACCAUUUGCAUCUCAAGCAACUGAAAGCAAUGAAGAUGAAGAACAGUCUACGAAGGUUGAAGAGAAAGAAAAUGAAAUUGAAACAAGUACUGACACUGCCAAUACUGAAGAAGAUAGUAAAAAUGAUACGAAUUCAGUGAAAGAUGAUGAAAAGAAGUCAUCGAAUUCUAAUGAUAAUGUAGAAAUGUCUAGUGUUCUUGCCACAAUGUGGUUGGGUACUCAAAAUGGUGCAUUGUACGUCCAUUCAGCCGUUGCAAAUUGGAGAUAUUGUUUACAUUCCGUAAAAUUGCAAGAUGCAGUUUUAGCAAUAGUACAAAUGAGUAAUAGAGUUGUAACAGCAUUGGCUGAUGGUACGGUUGCUGUAUUUCGUCGUGAUUCAAAUACUGGACAAUGGAAUUUACAAAAUUAUCAUUUAGUAAGAUUAGGUGGUCCAACCAACUCGGUUCGAUGUUUAACAGCUGUAACAACAAAAGUUUGGUGCGGUUAUAGAAAUCGAAUACAUGUACUAGAUCCGCAAACUUUAACGUUGGUUAAAUCAUUAGAAGCACAUCCACGAAAAGAAAGUCAAGUACGACAAUUGGCUUGGUUUGGUGAAGGUGUUUGGGUGUCGAUAAGGCUUGACUCUACUUUACGAUUAUAUCAUGCUCACACGUACCAGCAUUUACAAGAUGUUGAUAUUGAACCUUAUGUUAGUAAAAUGUUAGGAACUGGUAAAUUAGGAUUUUCAUUUGUACGAAUAACAGCAUUAUUAAUAUCAUCGAAUAGAUUAUGGAUUGGUACAGGAAAUGGUGUAAUAAUUUCUGUACCUUUAAGUGAAAAUAGUUCCAGUAUAGGUACAAUAGCUGUACGUGGUUCAGCUACAAAUUCGAUAUUACCAGGUGGGGUACGAAUAUCACCAGCACCUGGUAAUUUUAUACCAUAUUGUACGAUGGCACAUGCUCAACUUAGUUUUCAUGGACAUCGUGAUUCUGUGAAAUUUUUCGUUGCGGUACCGGGAUGUGGUGGUAUGAGUGCAGCAUCAUCGCCAGCCAACAUUACAACCACGACCACAAAUGAUAAUCAUUCAUCUACAAUUACUAGUCCUACAAGUAAGAUGCCAGCAGCAAUGUUAGUGAUGUCUGGUGGAGAAGGCUAUAUCGAUUUUCGUAUAGGUGAUGGAGAUAUGGAAGACAGCGUUGUGUUGGAGGAGGUGAAUGAAUCAAACAAUGCAGAAUCCGCCUCCUCACAACAACAAACCAUCGAACAGAAGGGUGAGAAGAGUCACCUCAUUGUAUGGCAAGUGUCGCUCACGUAGUUGAUGUUUUUAUUACCAAUAUAAACCUCAUAAUUAUAUAAUAUAUUUAAUAUAUUAAGCUAAAAUAUGAUUACUAUGCGCCAAUAUGUUUUAUUAUUUGCAUUUUACAAACAAAAUCUAAA